AUGCCGUCGGGAGGCGACCAAUCGCCGCCGCCCCCGCCUCCCCCUCCGGCGGCGGCGGCCUCAGAUGAGGAGGAGGAGGACGAUGGCGAGGCGGAGGACGCCGCGCAACCAGCCCGGUCGCCGGCCCCUCAGACCCAACAGCGGUUUGACGAGCUGUGCAGCCGCCUGAACAUGGACGAGGCGGCGCGGGCCGAGGCCUGGGAGAGCUACCGGAGCAUGAGCGAGAGCUACACGCUGGAGGGAAAUGAUCUUCAUUGGUUAGCAUGUGCCUUAUAUGUGGCUUGCAGAAAAUCUGUGCCAACUGUAAGCAAAGGGACAGUUGAAGGAAACUAUGUAUCUUUAACUCGAAUCCUGAGAUGUUCAGAGCAGAGCUUAAUUGAAUUUUUUAACAAGAUGAAGAAAUGGGAAGACAUGGCCAAUCUCCCUCCACAUUUCAGAGAACGCACUGAGAGAUUAGAAAGAAACUUCACUGUUUCUGCUGUAAUUUUUAAGAAAUAUGAACCCAUCUUUCAGGACAUUUUUAAAUAUCCUCAAGAGGAGCAGCCACGUCAACAAAGAGGAAGAAAACAGCGGCGACAGCCCUGUACCGUGUCUGAAGUUUUCCAUUUUUGUUGGGUGCUUUUUAUAUAUGCAAAAGGUAACUUUCCCAUGAUUAGUGAUGAUCUGGUUAAUUCUUAUCAUCUUCUGCUGUGUGCUUUGGACUUAGUUUAUGGAAAUGCCCUUCAGUGCUCCAACCGUAAAGAGCUUGUGAACCCUAAUUUUAAAGGUCUAUCUGAAGAUUUUCACGCUAAGGAUUAUAAACCUUCCUCCGACCCACCUUGCGUUAUUGAGAAGUUGUGUUCCUUACAUGACGGCUUAGUUUUGGAAGCAAAAGGAAUAAAGGAACAUUUCUGGAAACCUUAUAUUAGGAAGCUUUAUGAAAAAAAGCUCCUUAAGGGAAAAGAAGAAAAUCUUACUGGUUUUUUAGAACCUGGGAAUUUUGGAGAGAGUUUUAAAGCCAUCAAUAAAGCCUAUGAGGAGUAUGUUUUAUCUGUUGGGAAUUUAGAUGAGCGAAUUUUUCUGGGAGAGGAUGCUGAGGAGGAAGUUGGGACUCUCUCAAGGUGCCUGAAUACUGGUUCAGGAACAGAGACUGCUGAGAGGGUGCAGAUGAAAAGCCUCCUGCAGCAGCACUUUGACAAGUCUAAAGCACUUAGAGUCUCCACACCUCUUACCGGUGUGAGGUACAUUAAGGACAGCAGCCCUUGUGUGACUCCAGUUUCUGCGGCUACACACAGCUUGAGUCGCCUUCACACCAUGCUCACGGGCCUCCGGAACGCCCCGAGUGAGAAGCUGGAGCAGGUCCUAAGGUCAUGUUCCAGAGAUCCAACCCAGGCUAUUGCCAACAGAUUGAAGGAAAUGUAUGAGAUAUAUUCUCAGCAUUCCCAGUCAGAGGAGGAUAGCAGUAACUGUGCUAAAGAUAUUGCCAGCAAACAUUUUCGUUUUGCAGAGAUGCUUUACUAUAAAGUAUUAGAAUCUGUUAUUGAGCAGGAACAAAAAAGACUGGGAGACAUGGAUUUAUCUGGCAUUCUGGAACAAGAUGCAUUCCACAGAUCACUCUUGGCAUGCUGCCUUGAGGUCGUCACUUUUUCUUACAAGCCUCCUGGGAAUUUUCCAUUUAUUACUGAAAUAUUCGAUGUGCCACUUUAUCAUUUUUACAAGGUGAUAGAAGUAUUCAUUAGAGCAGAAGAUGGCCUUUGUAGAGAGGUGGUAAAACACCUUAAUCAGAUUGAAGAACAAAUCUUGGAUCAUUUAGCAUGGAAACCAGAGUCUCCGCUCUGGGACAGAAUUAGAGACAAUGAGAACAGAGUUCCCACAUGCGAAGAGGUCAUGCCACCUCAGAACCUGGAAAGAGCAGAUGAAAUUUGUGUUGCUGGCUCCCCUCUAACUCCCAGAAGGGUGAGUGAAGUUCGUGCUGAUACUGGAGGACUUGGAAGAAGCAUAUCAUCUCCAACCACACUGUAUGAUAGGUACAGCUCCCCAACAGCCAGUUCUACCAGAAGGCGACUAUUUGUGGAGAACGACAGCCCCACUGAUGGAGGGACCCCUGGGCGCAUUCCCCCGCAGCCUCUAGUCAAUGCUGUCCCCGUGCAGAAUGUACCUGGGGAAGCGGUAUCUGUCACACCAGUUCCUGGACAGACCUUGGUCACCAUGGCAACAGCCACCGUCACAGCCAACAAUGGGCAAACAGUGACCAUUCCUGUACAAGGUAUUGCCAAUGAGAAUGGAGGAAUAACGUUCUUCCCAGUCCAAGUCAAUGUUGGGCAGGCGCAAGCUGUGACCGGCUCCAUCCAGCCCCUCAGUGCUCAGGCCCUGGCUGGAGGCUUAAGCUCCCAACAGGUGACAGGAACGACCUUGCAGGUCCCUGGUCAGGUGGCCAUUCAACAGAUUUCCCCGGGUGGACAGCUUAAACAAGGCCUGCCUUUAGCCAGCAGCAGUAUCAGACCCAGGAAGACCAGCUCUUUAUCGCUGUUCUUUAGGAAGGUUUAUCACUUAGCAGGUGUCCGCCUUCGGGAUCUUUGUGCUAAAUUGGAUAUUUCAGAUGAACUGAGGAAAAAAAUCUGGACCUGCUUUGAAUUCUCCAUAAUUCAGUGUCCUGAGCUUAUGAUGGACAGACACCUGGACCAGUUGUUAAUGUGUGCCAUUUAUGUGAUGGCAAAGGUCACAAAAGAAGACAAAUCCUUCCAGAACAUUAUGCGUUGCUACAGGACUCAGCCACAGGCCCGGAGCCAGGUGUAUAGAAGUGUUUUGAUAAAAGGGAAAAGGAGAAGAAGAAAUUCUGGCAGCAGUGACAGCAGAAGCCAUCAGAAUUCUCCGACAGAACUAAACAAAGACAGAACCAGCAGAGACUCCAGCCCCGUCAUGAGGUCCAGCAGCACCCUGCCAGUCCCGCAGCCGAGCAGCGCCCCGCCUACCCCGACUCGCCUCACGGGGGCCAGCAGCGACGUGGAGGAGGAAGAGAGAGGGGACCUCAUCCAGUUCUACAACAGCGUCUACAUCAAGCAGAUUAAAACGUUUGCCAUGAAGUACUCGCAGGCAAAUGCAAUAGAUGCUCCUCCACUCUCUCCCUAUCCAUUUGUAAGAACAGGCUCUCCUCGCCGAAUACAGUUGUCUCAGAACCAUCCUGUCUACAUUUCCCCACAUAAAAAUGAAGCGAUGCUUUCUCCUCGAGAAAAGAUCUUCUACUACUUCAGCAACAGUCCUUCAAAGAGACUGAGAGAAAUUAACAGUAUGAUACGGACAGGAGAAACUCCAACCAAAAAGAGAGGGAUUCUUUUGGAAGAUGGAAGUGAAUCACCUGCAAAAAGAAUUUGCCCAGAAAAUCAUUCUGCCUUAUUACGUCGUCUCCAAGAUGUAGCUAAUGACCGAGGUUCCCACUGA